AUGCACCAAGAAGAGUCAGAUACAUUCUUUACAAAUUUACACCAGGAUCAACAAAUAGUAGACUCUGAUGAAUACCAGAAGCCAUAUAUUUCACCUAAUAUGUCAGAACUAAAUAUUGGCGAAUCCUCUUAUUCGCAACAAGAACUAAUACCUCCACCGUCACCAAGGUAUUCUACGAAUACCUCACCAACACAUACUAGAACAGCAUCAAUACAUUCAACAGAAGAUACAAAUGAUUUUAGUCAACUGGAUGCUUCACCGCAUCCAAUAACUAUAGUACCAACAAAACCAAAAUCAUUUGAAGAAAAACUUAGCGAUACAUUCUCAACAGCAACUUUAUACCUACCAAGGUUUUCUAAAAAGAAAACUAUACCUGAUUUAAGACAAACUGCAAUGAAAGAUAGUGCAGUGUCACAAAUAAAAGAAGAAGGUAACCAAGUAUCACCAGAAGAACAAGAAUUCUACAGAAGUAGAAAAAUAUCCUUUAAUCAAAGGCAUAAGGAACCUGAACAAUUCAGUUCAAUUAUUAUUGAAACUACUAAAGGCAAAGAAAGGUCAAAUGAAGAACAAGUAAAAGAAAUAUGGGAAGUACCUUCAGAAGAUCAUAAAUACUCACUCCCUCCAGGAUCAAAUAUAGAAUAUAGAAUAACCGGACACGAUAGCCAACCCUAUGAACCAUCCUUACGAAUAAAUGAACAAUCAGAACAAUCAUCAUUAUACCAAUCAGAAGAAGUAUCACCUGAACUUAAACCAACAGGUGAACGACCUUCAACCCCAUUACCAAGUAAAAGUAAUAACCAAUAUGGAUACCAAAAAGAACUAGAUUCUAUUGAACUACAAUAUAAACCAAUCAAAAUGACUGGAAAAACUAUUAAAAUGCACAAAGCAUUAAAACAUAUACCAAAUGCAAUACGACGACAUAUCAUACCCACAAUAGGCAAAGGAACACCUAUAUUCACAAACAAAACACACAUUAUAAAACCAUAUAUAUUAAUCCGAGAUUCGGUAAACAAAAUACAGAUAUUUAAUUGGACGAAUAAGCCAAUUAAUAUACCUAAAGAAACACAUAUAGGAAACCUAGAACAAGUCAAAGAAAUCUUCGAUUUUCAACCAAAGAAUAAUGAUAAUAAAAACGAAAAACAACGACUUGAAAUAUUAAUCAAAAACACUGACCCAAAAUAUAGAACAAUGUUUGAACCAUUGUUCAAGAAAUACAUUAAAGAUGUAUUCCGUAUGAAACCUGAAGAAGCUACAGUUUUUAACUCUAAAAACUUUACACCAAUAACAUUCCCGUUAAAAGUACCUGAAGAAGAAAUACCUAAAGCUCAUAAAUCAAGAAUGCGAGCAAGACCUUUAGAUAAUGAAUCACAACAAAAAGCUAACGAAUUAUUUGAAGGAUUAAUAAGAAAUAAAUAUAUAGAACCUUCAAUAUCAGACUGA